CUCUUCCAGAUAGACAGGAAUAAAAACCGUGCGCAAACAGAUCUCGCUUUGGAUUUUAUCAGGCCUUAGCUUCUGUGUCUGUUUACUUGCAGACUCGACAUCAAAACCCGACGCCGCCUGGCUACACGCGCCGUUGUAGAAAUGGUUGACUAACUUGUUACAGCGAACUUACACCUUCCCUCUUUUCUCCUCAUAUUACUUUUAUUGCGCUUGUGUUUGCGUUCUUUUUUCUAUUUGUUGCCUUCCUCUUUCCCCUCCUUUCGCAUGCUCGUUGGUGGGCAUUCUAAUGUCUGUUGUUCAUGCGUUGCUUGAUCGAGGUGAAGAUGCUUCGACAGACAAUCUGAAGGCAGGGAUACCCAUAGCGAAAACAUGGUACGAGUAUUCAGAAGGCAUGCCUCGGCCUCGGCCAGGCGUGCACCAAGUAGGGCUGCCAAAAGGAAUGCCCAAAAACACAAAGUGAUUAUGGAAUCUAUCACGCAAGAAAAGAAGAAACUCCGAAGUGUUAUUUCGUUUGAGACAAAAGCGCCCCCUGGUUAUACCUUCAUUUCAGCAGGUAAUCCCCAGGUCACAAACGCCUGCAAAGAGCUUUGUCGGAAAGGUGGUUUGAAGAUCUAUGCUGUUACGACAACUCCUCAUAUGCGCAACCACGAUCUCUCUCAACACGUGCACCGAAUUGGAUUUCACUUUCCAAGUACAAUUGUUGCUACUGUAUGUAUGAAUUUAGGGUUAUCUCUUACAGCAACAGGGAGGGUUGUGCCCGUUCAUGGUGUUGGCGGUCACCCUAGAUCCAAUGAUGAAGAAUUCUCUCAAAUAGAGAUCAACACCGAGGCAAGAGACGCUCUAAGGGAUCUCUUCCCUAAUAUACCAGACAAUGAUUUGAACCAAAUAAUCAAAACAGCAUUUCAAAAGGGCCAACAAAAAGUUGGUACAGCCCUUGAAUUGCCACUAGCUCGCCGUGCCCAGCUGGCAGUAGUGGCACACAUUCGUCAUAUCUACACUGAUUACGACCGUCUGUUGAAGAUGACCUCUUUCCACGAAGCAAGAAGCUUAGUUGAAGAGCCAACACUGGCAAGAUUAGUAGCAUGGCGUGGAGAUGACGAAAAUGGGAAAACAGUCCUUGAAGAUGUAUUUCGAGAAGUCAUUGUUAUCUCUGAUGACGAUGACUCUGAUUCUGACGAAGAGGACGGGCCGCCGUCUACCAAUCGGGAUCACAGUGUGGAAUAUGUAUCGAGCAGAGCACGCGCCGUGGAACUCCCAACAAAACCGAUUGACUUUGCGGAUCCAGCUUCGCGGGGCACCGUACGAGAGCUGUCCGAGGAUGAGGCACCAUCAGGCUUCCGUGUUAUCCCACAAGUACCCAGAAAGAACAAGGUCGAUCGCCGGGGAUUUAGCAGAUACCAGGCCUGGGACCGUGCUAUCAAUCGCUACAGGAACUUUGCAAAUGCCACUGACAAGGUUAGACUUUAUGGCAGCUCAACUGACCAGCAGAGACCUUAUUCCGUACGACAACCACCGCAUGGCAUUGAAGUAGGUACGGGAUCUAGGAACCAGCCUAUAUCCUUUGUGUACACUGCAGUGCCGCCCAUACACCAUGUACACCCAUCGCUCGGACUCCCUAAUCAGAGAAAUCCGGAUGUUGCCCAAUCUGAUAUUAUACCAUCGAGGCGAGCGCCAGUUCCUCGAGAUGGACACACCCCGUUCCGUCAAUAUGAUUUGGCUGAUGCGCCCAUUCUUAAUAACCCCCAAGGAUCUCAUGAUGGUAAUGAAUUCCGAGUCGGACACCAGCCCAGGAUACUAGCUUCUUCCCAUAACAAGACGCCCAGGCAGUGGUCUACGCGAAGGAAUUCCCCGAGGCCUGCCAAUUCGCUCAGUGACGCCACAGCGUCUUCCACGCCAAGAUGAUCCUCAUGGUACUGGCGGGGACAAUUUUCAAUGUCUCAAGAGGCGGAUAGCUUAUUACGAACCUGUCAAUGGGCAUUUGCCGUCUGGGAUUGCACCUGGUGUUGUUGAAUCGGUCGUUUCAGAUGUUCUCAAAGACACCCCCACCGGAGCACGAUACGUCCCCUAUGAGAUUUCUCAUCCAGAAAGUCAUUCUUCCCGGGAAGACUCACAGCUACGUAGAA